CCUUAAAUAGAAACACAAGAGCUGAACCAUUGUAAGGUAGUGAACAGGAAAUGGAGUAAUUCUGGAAUGCAGGGAGCCAGCAGGUGAGCCACGCCCACCCGAUCUACCUCUUGCAUCUCCUCACACGGUCGAGAGCUGAUUUAGUAAAACGUCCAGAGCAGCAGGAGUUUUAGGAAGACGACAGGGGAAAGAGGAUGAGUGUUUGGCCUAAAGACAAUCUCCAUACUCAGAAUUAUAAGAUCUGGAAAAUACUGCUGGGAAAAAAAGAUCUGAUGUUUGCCUGCGAGAUGCAGAUUCUGCUGCGACUGGCUGUUCUGGUGGUGAGCCUUGUCGUAGCGGUGGCUCAGAUCCCCUCACCUCACUUCCUGUUCCAGAGACCCAUGUCCUGGUCCAAAGCGCGGGAGUUUUGUCAGCGGCACUAUGUGGACCUGGCCGUGCUAAACACAGAGCAGCAGUACUUUGCUGUCCUCAAUGCCACCCUUGCAAGCAAAGUCAGCUUCUGGCUCGGUCUGCGGCGUCAGAGCAGCCUCAGCAACUGGACCUGGGUGAACGGGGAAGAGCUGAAGUACACACACUGGUACAGGAGGAAUUACAGAAGCCUCUGUGCCAGUUUGGAAUCCAUGUUGGAUAAAGACAAGAAGAUGCUGGCUCGCUUCUGUGACGAGCCGCACAUGUUUGUCUGUCAGGGUCCAGUUGCUCCACAGACAGUGAAGGCAGCAUCAGUGGGCAACGGUCAGUUGAAUCUCAGCUGGAACAUCUCUGCCUUUAUGCAGAUGACACCACACCAUUACAACGUGACCAUGUGUACCAGCACAUGUGACACAGUCCUGUACUCUUACACCGGUCGCUCGGCCUUCAUGAGCGUCAACAUCUCCAGCCUGACUUCAGCCCCUGAGACCUUCAUCCAGGUCGCUGCUUUCCUUGUUCGGCCUGACGCUGUGACUGGUGGUGAAAGGAUCCUUCAAAGUGAUCCCACAACUUUACACUACGAAACGGCAGAUUCUACUAAGCAGCACGACGUGAUCCAUCUCAUUUUGAAGCUGCUCCAGAUCGUGUCCCUGGUUCCUCCGCUGUUGAUUCUUUAUCGUAUCAUCAAAAAAGGUUUUGAGCUGGAUCAUGACGUCUCAGAGGAAUUGAGAUCAGUGGAGAGUGUAAUUAUUGAUCUGAUCCCUGAGAAACCACAGGAACUGGCUGAAAAGGGCUAAACAUCCAUCACCUAAGGGAACGGCAACACGAAGAAUCCAGAAAAAGUUGAAUAUAUAACUUAAAGGAAGAGAUGAGCUUUCCAACCUGGAAUAACAGGACCAAUGUUUGGAAGUUCUUGAGAACCUGACCAGUCACCACGUUAGUGAGGAUUAAAAUGAUCCUAGUAGUAGAUCAUUGUGCAGAUGGCUCAGUAGAGCACCUCAGGCUGCUGUCUGCUCACUGCCGCCUGCUCCCAGUGCAUCGCCACGAUCUCCUCCACCAUUUGAGUCUGUGCAGCCAAUGACUGGAGCUGCUGCGGAGCCGUCAUUCAAUCGGAUGUGUCGGGGCGCCAUGUUGGGCCCCAUGUUGGGCGCCACUGUGGCCCUCACUAAUCAUCAGCAGAGAGACGAGAGGCGUUUUAGGAAUCCUCUCAUCUUCUCAUCUCUUCCACAAACACUGAAAGAAUAUACCUGCAAUGUAUUGUUUCAUUAAAUCUGAGCUCAUAUCCAGCCAUCGCUAAUCAAAGCUAAUCGGUUAGCAUGAUUAAUCGAGGGUGGACACAUUGAUGAGUACACUCCUGUGAAACAAGGUGGGAUAUAUGAAACCCUCUUUCUUUAGAGAGUAAGUGAAUGUUGACAUUAGCACUGUGAGUUCAACACAGCUUCUUAGCGAAAUGAUCUCAGAAUGUUUUUUUUAUUACUGAACUGAUUUGUACUUUAGCCUUUUUUUAAACUUUUUUAUCAAAUAAAACCUCAGACCUUUAAGUUUAUUUCAAAAGGCUUAAUGUCAAUAAAUGUGAAAUGUUCCAUUUGGCCAGAAGUUACAUAACUUAAAGCCACGUCAUACAAAACGUCACUAUCAUGUAGAUGUGGUGGCAAAUUCUAAAAGACUGUAUCAAAAAGACACACGUUUUUUCAAAUAGUAUUAAACAACACUUUUGUUUGUUUUUUAGAUUUUUUUACAUGUAUUUUUUUUAUAUUGGUGCCUGCUGCCUACAUCCAAUGAUGUUUUGGGACCAAGGCCAAAGCUCAUUGAAAAACAAACUACGUUUAUAACGCUGUUAUAAAAACAAAAAAUAUCUCAACUCAGAUACUGAGACACUGAUGAGUCAAGAAAUUGAAAAGAUUUUAUGUUUUUCAGAGAAAGUAUUCUGUGCAAAAAUAUUGCCGUUCUCGCACCUUCACCUUUAGGUUUGUUUGGUUUCAUAUACGUUGUGUAUUUUGGAUAUUUUAAAGUAGAAAUGUACUGUAUCAGAGUUAUAUUCAGUGUCUAAGACCUAUACUUACACUAAAAAGCUGUUUCCCUAGUCAUACCUGACAAUGUGUAGGUACGGUGUAAUCACAAAGCGAUUAGUUAGUGUCUGUGGUGGCAAACUGUGUCAGUAGGAAUUAACUAAUGCAGUGAGAUUGACGACUUGAUUGAUGAGUUCUGUUCAUUUGAAGAUUAUUAAAGAACAUGAUGCUUAUUUUUUUUCUGACACAGAGUUAGUGAAAGUACUACCACUCUCUUACCUGUGGAAAAAAGGUGAAGCUACAAUCAGAUGCUAAUUAUCUUAUCCAGUGUAAAGUCAAUAGGAACCUUGCCUUGUGCUAACUGAUUGUUUUUUCAUAAUUGGUUGAUAUCCCACAUUUUAUAAGCUGUAAGGGUUAUGUGCCUGUUUUAAAUUUGCAUUUUUGUACUGAUUAAAAAAAACAAUUUAUUCAGGGUAACAAUAAAUGGAAAUAAACCUU